AUGCGUACUUCUUUCGCCGUUCUGGCCCUCUCGGCUGCCUCUGCUGUCUCUGCCCAGCGCAAGGUCUUCACUGCCGCCGACAUCAACGUCGGCGCUCUCAGUAUCAACGAGAAAGCUCAAUGGUGUAUCGCCCAGCGCAACACUUGCCUGUCCCUCUGCAAUGAUAGUACCAAUAACAACACCUGUGACGCGCCCACCCUCCAGUACUCUUGCCUGUGCUCCUCCAACGGCUCCGCCCCCGGUCUCGAGUACUACCAACAGAGUUUGCCCAGCUACAUCUGCGUCCAGGCAAACAAUGAUUGCAUCCUCGCCAACGUUGGCAACAAGAACGGCCAGGAUAACUGCACCACGUCCAUCAAGUCUCAGUGUGGCAACCUCACCGUUCAGGCUAACCAGGCAUCUGGUUCCGCCUCGGCCACGUCUGCGGCCACCCAAGCUCCCAGUGCAACUGGCGGCUCCAAUGCUGGCGGCACUGCGGCCCCCAGCACUUCCACCUCGUCCGCGUGGGCCGUCCCGACUGCCAACCCUGCCCGCUACGGCAACGCUGCUGCCGUUGCUGCCAUUGGUCUCUUUGCUUACAUGCUCUGA